AUGACCUCACAAAUUGAGCCUGCGCUCAGAGAUGUGAUUUCGACAUUCAACGAACUCAACAGUUCCACCAUCGAGGAGCUUGAUUCGGAACCCAGUCCCUUGGAGUUUAUGCGUUUUGUCUCUAGAAAUUCGCCUUUCGUGAUACGGGGAGCGGCAUCAUCGUGGAAAGCUACAAGGCAAUGGAGCUCGACAUACCUCAGAUCAGCCCUGGCUGGGCAGACUGUCAAUGUUGCCGUUACCCCUCACGGCUGGCUCUUUGCGAAUGGCCAUGGAAUCCAUGCCAAAUGCUCACACUUUUUACACUAUAAACGGAAUGGGGUUCGUCCUAACCAAGCUUCCAGCAAUGCCGAUGCGCCUACGUAUUCGCCAAAAGAUGGAGUGACCGUUCUAGCAAAGCCUCACGAGGAAUCUCAAAUGUUUGAUGAUUUCCUUACAUACCUUAUGCAGCAGGAAACGGACAAAACUUUCCCGGAGGAUUCAGAGGUGCGAUAUGCACAAACACGUCAGUCUCUCUGUCUUCCUAUUCUGCCAGCUAUCCUGCCCUUCCAGGCAGGAGGUAGUACAACAUCGUCCCAUGAUCGUCGGCUGAUGUACGCCCAGAAAGACAUUCCAUUCGCCCGCAUCGCACUUCAGAGGAGCCCUGACGCAGUAAAUUUGUGGAUAGGAAACUCCCGGUCUGUAACAGCAACUCAUAAAGAUAACUUUGAGAACAUAUUUGUGCAAGUAAUUGGCAGGAAACACUUCGUCCUGUUACCGCCAAUCUGUCACCCUUGCAUGAAUGAGGCUUUGCUUACUCCGGCUACCUAUGUGCGCGACGAGACGGGCCUCUCUAUUCGCGUUGAUGAAGGGGCUGACCUCGUCCCUUUUGUGACUUGGGACCCAGACGAUCCGCAGACAAAUUCUACUGCCUUCUCUAGGUUUGCACAGCCUAUGCGAGUUACUCUUAACCCCGGAGACAUGUUGUAUCUACCAGCUAUGUGGUGA